AAGAGCCGACCAGUCCCUCAGGCACCGCCGAGGCCACCCCAGGCAGCCCGCGGGUCCUCGCAGGGGGCGGGGCACGUCAGCCCGGAAGAGACGCCGCGCCGCGCAUGCCCCUUCUUUUCGGCCCCGGUCCCGGACGUAGUAGCUGCAGAGAUGUUGAUGCCCAAGAAGAACCGAAUUGCCAUUUAUGAACUCCUUUUCAAGGAGGGAGUGAUGGUGGCCAAGAAGGAUGUCCACAUGCCUAAACACCCUGAGCUGGCAGACAAGAAUGUGCCCAAUCUUCACGUCAUGAAAGCCAUGCAGUCUCUCAAAUCACGAGGCUACGUAAAGGAACAGUUUGCCUGGAGACAUUUCUAUUGGUACCUUACCAACGAGGGUAUCCAGUAUCUUCGUGAUUACCUCCACCUGCCCCCUGAGAUCGUGCCUGCCACUCUGCGUCGCAGCCGUCCUGAGACCGGCAGGCCGCGGCCCAAAGGUCUGGAGGGAGAGCGGCCUGCAAGACUCACACGAGGGGAAGCUGACAGAGACACCUACAGACGAAGCGCUGUGCCCCCUGGUGCCGACAAGAAAGCUGAGGCUGGGGCUGGGUCAGCAACUGAAUUCCAGUUUAGAGGCGGAUUUGGUCGUGGACGUGGUCAGCCACCUCAGUAAAGUUGGAGAUUGUUUUGUGUUGAAUAAAUCUGUAGCCAGAAAAAAGUUAA